UUUCCACGACAGCUGGAAGCUGCGCUAUCCGAUCUCAUCGGUCAUUUUUUUAAAAUUAAAUCCUUUUCGUGUAACUUAUUAGUAUAAAAAACAGAGCUUCGACAACAUGGGAGACAAGAAGAGUCCGACAAGGCCGAAGCGGCAACCCAAGCCCUCUUCCGACGAAGGAUACUGGGACUGUAGCGUCUGCACGUUUAGGAACAGCGCGGAGGCUUUCAAAUGCAUGAUGUGCGAUGUGCGGAAAGGAACAUCAACACGGAAGCCACGUCCAGUUUCCCAGUUGGUGGCACAGCAAGUAACCCAGCAAUUUGCGUCCCCCACACAACCAAAGAAAGAGAAGAAAGAAAAGACAGAUAAAGAGAAAAGCGAGAAGGAACCAACGCUCAAAAAGAACAGCCACAAGAAGAUGAGGCCAAGAUUAAAAAACGUGGACAGGAGCAGCGCGCAGCACUUGGAGGUGACGGUGGGGGACCUGACUGUUAUUAUCACAGACUUUAAGGAGAAAACAAAGGCCACGCCCACUUCCAGCGCCGCAUCGGCGGACCAGCACAGCCAGAGCGGCUCCAGUUCCGACAACACCGAAAGAGGGAUCUCGCGGUCGUCCUCGCCGCGGGGAGAGUGCUCCUCGGUCAACGGAGAGUCCCACUAAGAGAUACGCCCCCCCACCCUCUUACAUCACUCAUUUCCCAGAAUGCACCUGUAGAACUUACGUGGAGGCGCACCCCCGGUUCCCGUCUCGGAAAGACACCCCGCCUUUUCAUGCCAUAUUGUCAUUGUGGUUGGCAUUUUUGGAAGUCCUCGAGAGUGUUUCCUGUCCUGGUCGGUUUGUUGUUUUCACCGAGAAUUGUUUCAUGUCAAGAUCAUUUAAAAUAAACUGUAAAGCUUUUUAUUCCCCCCACUCUUGAUAUAAUGAAAAAUAUGUACUUUAUUCCUGAAUGGUACCAACUGUUCAGCACCAUGUUAAUGUAGUAUUUCACAUCAGAUCAGUGUUAUAUUGUCAAUACACAUUUAGUCAUUUGUUUCUGUACCUCUCCAACAUCAACUCUGUCGUGGCAUGAAAUGGAUCUGUUGUAAAAACGUGUUUUUAAUGAAUAUGCUUUUCAGGAGAGAUUAUGAAGCAGCGAUCUCCAAGUGUACGGUCACAUUGAUGAAUUUAACUGUGAUAGCAACAGAAGUUUUCUCUGGCUCAAUCCACCUGCUGGUACUUGGUGUGGUCCAUGAGAAAACUCUGUAAAAACAUUUGUAUUAUGCCAGCAUUUACAGCACAUGAUAUCAUAGAUCACCAUUAUGUUUCUGGUUAUACUAAGCUGUGCUGAUGUACGUGUACGAUCAGUUAAUAGCAUUGUUUUACUGUCC